UUCGAUUCGUUAUAAAACGGAUUACGGAAAGGAACUAUAUUGGCACUUGGCAGUAAAUAACAAUUAAAUAUAUUUUUUGCAAUUAUUUUAAGUUAAUGUUAGACUGCUAAAUAGUUUAUAUGGUAAAAAUUUAUACGUUGCAGUGAAAAGGAUUUCAAUUGAAAUAGCAGUGCAAUGGAAUCAAAUGGUGAAAGAGAUCAAUUAAUGAAUUCAACAUUAAAGCCAGGAAAUGUAAAAUGUGAUCUUGUUAAUGAAUGUCAGAUGUUCCUGAGAGCCGAAGAAGGUGGUGGAGAUGCUUCAAGAAUGAAUACUAAAAAACCUGAUGAAAUAGGCAAAGCUGGGAUCAUUGCUCCAGGUUCACUGCAGGGGAAAGAUUUACUGUCUGAAACCUUAAAAGAGUCAGAUGUGCCAAAUGAAACAGCUGGUGUAGUGAGACAGGAUUUAAAUGACACUCCAGAGGUUACAGCUGUUAACAAUGAUACUGAUGUAAAGGAUGAUGAUACAUUACCAAACACCGUGACAGUUUUGGAUGCCCCUGAUGGUGGAAAGGUUUAUUUAGUGGGCACGGCUCACUUUAGCUUACAAUCUCAGGAUGAUGUUUCAAGGAUAAUACAAGAAGUGUCCCCUCAUAUUGUAAUGGUUGAGUUAUGCGAGCAAAGAACUAAUAUAUUACUAUUAGAUGAAGAAGUUAUAUUAAGAGAAGCUAAGAAUAUUAACAUUAAAAAAAUAAGCGCGACCAUGUCCCAAAAUGGAGUUUUUAAUGGACUGAUGUACAUAUUGUUACUAAAUAUGUCGGCGCACAUUACAAGGGAAUUAGGAAUGGCGCCCGGUGGUGAAUUUAGGAGGGCUAUGGCAGAGGCUAAGAAAAUACCAAACUGUAUAGUGCAUUUAGGCGAUAGAGCAAUCGACAUAACUCUCCACAGGGCUAUUGCGUCACUCUCGUAUGGGCAAACAAUCAGAUUUAUAUGGCAUCUGCUAACCUCUAACCAAAGUAUAAGCAUUGAAGAAGUAGAAAAGUGUAAGCAAAAGAAAAUGCUCGAAGGUAUGCUUGAAGAGAUGGCGGAAGAGUUUCCUGCGUUGAAACGAGUGUUUGUUGUUGAGAGAGAUAUGUACUUGUGUCAUUCGCUGCAAGUCGCGGCGAUGCAACCACGAAGGGAGCCUUGCCGUAUAGUUGGUGUUGUUGGAAUCGGACACGUGGCUGGCAUCGUAGAACACUGGGGGAAGAUCACUCCACAAGAUAUUGCCCCUUUGCUCACCGUGCCGCCGCCAUCUUUGUCCACGCGUAUAAUUCGCGUGUCGGUGCGUGUGGCUUGCGUGGGAGCUCUCGUAUAUGCUGGCUACCGACUGGCGCGUCGCUGGAUGCCCUGAUUAUCAGCGAUUCCCGCUCUAAUAUCACGAUUUGGUGGAAACAUUAUUACAGCCGAGAUGUCUUCAGAUGGUUUUCAUAUGCCAGUCAAAUAAUAGUAUCACUGACACACUAUUACAUAUUUACAAUACAACAAAAAAAAAAAUGAUAAUAUAUUCAUAAAAGAACUGGACAAAUUGUUUGAAUUGAUAAUUAUUAGGAAUUCAUAUAAAUUGCUCAAUCAAAAUGUUGUUAUAAUUAUAUGAUAAUUAAUUUUUAGUAAAUAAGUAGAAGUUUCCAUAGUGUGAGGCUUUAUUCAUUCAAUAAAUAUUAUCCAUAUAUUAUGUUCAAUUAGUUAUUAUUGUGCAUUAUUAUAUAUUAAAUAAUUAAAUUUUAGUAUACGAUAUGAUCUGAUCAUGUUAUUUUAAUAUUUAAAAUUAUUAUGUUUAUCUUUUUUCCAAUUUAAAUUUCAUUCAAUAUUUUAUAUAACAAGCAAAAGUGAGUGUGUUUUACUUUAAUAUAAUUAACAUUUCGAAAUGUUUUUUGAAAGAAAUUGUUUGUUUAUACGAGUAUUGUAGUAUUAAUUUUGAAAGUGGCAAGCUCAGAGUACAUCAAGAAAUGUUUAAGAUUAACUUCCCCUUAAAUGAUGAGUUUUUGUCUGUCGUAUUUAAAAAAAAUAAUGACUCAAUUCGAGGUACGAUUUAAUUCUUAAAGGAAACUAAUAUGCGGAGUAAUAUAUUCUAAAAAUAUAAAACUCAUAAAAUUCAGAACAAAAUAUUAAACUUUUACUGCCAUUGGCGACAUAAAUCAUAUGUGUGUUAGGGACAUACCCCUGAAACAUUUCUGUGAUAUUAACAUCAAUACUACAGUGGUGUUGUCACUUUUGACUGUACCUUACAAACAAAAGUGCGACUUAGAGCAUAUAUAUACUACAUAUUGCUCCACGAUAUUAUUUUGAUCAUCGUCUUUAUAACCCAUAGACACGUAAUAAUUGGCGAACAUUUUCAAAUACCACAGUUAUGAUUGCCUGAUAUGGUUGCCUGACCAAUCACAAUAUGUUAUGAUAAUGCCUGGCCAAUGAGCAUUCGGUAAUUUACGACCCCCUCACCUCAGUUGAUCGACUGAAUUGUUUGCAUUGUGAUAACUAUUAGGAGUCUGCUGGGUUAUAAGGUUGAUAUAAAUUAUCAAUAAUUAUAGAUACUUAUAUUUUUGUGUAUUCUUUUAAUAAAAUGAUUCGUUCUUCGAAAUCAAUUUUUAACACAUGGCAUGUUGUUAUUAAUAUUUUCGAUACAUGGUGUAGCUAAAGGAAAGUAUAUAAUUCGAUACGAAUUAUCUAAGUAUACUUAAUAUAAAUUAGCAAUCAUAAGUUCUAGAAAGCUUUUAUGUGUGACGAAAAAGAUCUCGUAAAAUUCAUUAGACCCCAAAUGGUAUGUGUAUAUUUAGUUAGAGACUCCUACAUUAAAGUAUAUAAAUUAAACAAAAAUAAGUGCCUAAGCCCUAAUGAAUAAUAAUUCAAAAUUGAUAAUUGAUAGUUUUGGUAAUAUCACUAAAUAUCUAGAUUAGAUGUAUAUGUAUAUAUACAAAUUAUUAUAUUAUCUGUAGUCCGUGAAUUAAUUUUAGAAAUUUUUAAUGUUUGUUUUCAUAAUAAUAUCUAGUGACGUCAUCAUUUCAAAUGCAGUACAAAUGAUUGAAAUAAGGGUAAAAGCUAAACUGAAAUUGUCUUAUAUAAAAUAUAUUCCAAACAUCCCUUGCGUCCUUGUCCUCAAAGAGCUACAGCGAACGAAAGCGAGAUAGAAAGAUCACCCUUCCUUUUCACUCUAUUCGCUAGACAUACUCUUUCUCUUUCUUCGCCGUCGUUCGUUUGAACUGGACUAGGCUUACCUGUUAGGGAGACAAAUAAUUCCAUUUCAUGGUUUUAAAACACAGUAUGUGCAAGGCUAAUUUGAACUAAAAUCAUUAGAAUUUAAUAGCAAAGUACCUAAAAUAGACUGAACGGCCACAAAAACAAUAAUUCUAAGCUGUAAUAAAGCAUACAAUUAGUUUUUUUCUUUAUUUUUUACUUUUGUCCACUUGUAUUAUUUAAUUGCAGUUGGCUCUAACAAGGCUCACUUGUUAGAGCCAACUGCAAUUAUUGAGUGCGUUUAACUAAAAAUGGUUUUAACCAGAAUCCUUUUUCUUUAUCGCAUGUAGUGGAUAAUGUUUUUCUUAUCUUAUCUAUUUUGUUUGAUAAUUGUUUUGGCUUAAGCUGAGUGCCUCGUUGGUAUUACUCUAAAUUAAUAAAGUAAACAAUAGUUGGCGCACUCUUUAACAGCCUUUAAUUAAGUAGCAAAGUUCUGUGUUAUCUUAAGUUCAAGGUAACAAAAUAUUAAACACCAAAAUAAAUAGUGCUUGUAGAAACAUUUUAAUAAAAAAGUGUCUAUUAAUGUUA